GUUCAAACAUGUUCUUUGUGAACGUUUUACUCAUUAAUGACUUCAUUUACCUCUUAUGCAGUCCUUAAGCAAACUGGGCAGGGCUAACAGCAGCAGAUGUAUUCUGUUACAGCAUGUCAAGGACUUCAUCUGUCCUCUUCAGUCAAAUAAAGAAACAUGUUUGUUUCAGUCUUUCUGAUAUGGCUUUUUGUUUGGUUUAUCUUCAUCCUAUUCAAAUCUCAGAGGCCAAAAAACUUCCCACCAGGACCCACCAUCUUGCCUGUACUGGGGAACCUUUUGAACUUGAGCCUAGAGAACCCACUGAAGGACUUUGACAGGCUGAGCAAAUCUUAUGGAAAAGUCUUCAGUAUUUACAUCGGUCCAAAACCAGCUGUGGUCAUUAAUGGGCUGAAGGCCAUCAAAGAAGCCAUUGUGAUCAAGGCUGCUGAUUUCUCUGGACGACCUCAAGACUUAUUUGUCAACGAUGUGACCAAGAGGAAAGGAAUGAUUCUGGCUGAUUAUGGCCCAAGCUGGCGGGAGCAUCGCCGCUUUGCUCUGAUGACUUUGAGGAAUUUUGGUCUGGGGAAGAAGUCAAUGGAGAACAGAAUUAAUGACGAGAUUCAAUACACUAUUAAAACACUGGAGAGCAGUAUCGGUAAAACUCUGUGUCCUCGGGUCAUGUUUCAUAACGCAGCCUCCAACAUCAUCUGCCAGGUUCUGUUUGGAACACGCUACGAGUACGAUGAUGACAUGAUCAAAGUGAUUGUUCAGUGCUUCACUGAAAAUUCCAAGAUAGCCAAUGGAGUGUGGGCUAUGAUAUACGAUUCUCUUCCUAUUAUUCAUAACCUUCCACUGCCAUUCAGAAAGGCUUUUAAAAAUGCUGAGAUUUGCGAGAACUAUGUUAUCCAUUUGGUGAACGAGUUCAAGAAGACCAGAGUUCCUGGGGAGCCUCGACACUUUGUUGACUGUUAUCUGGAUGAACUGGAAAAGAGAGGCGAUGAUGGUUCUUCCUUUUCAGAAGCACAGCUCAUAAUAUACAGCCUAGAUCUUCACUUCGCUGGGACUGACACUACCUCCAACACCCUGCUUACAGGAUUUCUUUAUCUGAUGAAUUACCCACAUGUUCAAGAACGAUGUCAGCAAGAGAUAGACCAGGUCCUGGAGGGGAAGGAUCACGUCAGUUAUGAGGACAGAAACAACAUGCCUUAUGUCCAGGCUGUGAUCCAUGAAAUUCAGAGGAUUGCCAACACUGUUCCUCUCAGCGUCUUCCACUGCACAACUAAGGACACAGAGCUCAUGGGAUAUUCCAUUCCCAAAGGUACAAUGAUCAUCCAGAACCUGAAUUCAGUGCUGAGGGAGGAAGGACAGUGGAAAUUCCCUCAUGAAUUUAAUCCUGAAAACUUCCUAAAUGAACAGGGCGAGUUUGUCAAACAAGAGGCAUUCAUGCCUUUCUCUGCAGGUCCUCGGAUGUGUCUUGGAGAGGGCCUGGCUCGUAUGGAACUUUUCCUUAUGAUGGUGACUCUGCUGAGGAAGUUUAAGUUCAUCUGGCCGGAAGAUGCAGGAAAACCAGACUUCACCCCAGUCUAUGGAGUCACUUUGACACCCAAACCUUAUCAUAUGAAGGUCCAACUGAGAUCAAAACAGAGAGGAGCAGAAACAGAUGAGAAAUGAUGAGAAGAACAAAACAAUUCCAAAUAAUCAAUGUUUUUUUGUACUGCUGCUAAACUGAGUUUAACUCAAAAAAAAUCUUUUCACAACCAAAUAUCUUUUAUUGUUCCAUUUAUGUUUUAGUUUAAUAGGUUUUACAGAAACUGUCACCAAUGUACAUACAUUUUCAAGAUUUUACAAUGUCAGAGCACACGUUUGUAUUCAUGGGGAAAUAAUGAUUAAAAAUAAAGUUCAUUUUCAAGUC